AUGGCCCGUGUCUGCUUCGACGCCUCGACAAAUGCAAACGGAUGGGAAUAUUUUGUCAAGUGGGAUGGCUACGACUCGUCUCAUGAUAGCUGGGAACCCGCUGCCAAUCUUGCUGCCUGCCAAGAGCUACUUCAGAGAUUUUGGAGCCACAUUGGUGUUGACGACAACGACUACCCAGAAGGAUAUACGUGCAAAGCAACGCCAGAAUGGAUCGAGGAACAACGUGAGCGGUACAAAGUAGAAUUCAAUAAGGAGCGCACCGAGAAACUCAAACAGCGAGAGAGGGCUGAACGCCGCAAAGAAGAGAAGUUGGCAGCAUCCAAGAAGGUUACUCACGAUAAGAAGGGAAAACAAACUCCCUCCAGAAAGCAUAUGCCUGCAUCAUUACCCUCGCGUAGUGCUUCUGUCGCAUCUCUUACAAAGCCCCCCAAGAAGAGGAUCAAGAGGGCAAGUCCUGAUUCAGAGGCAGACUCAGACGCGGAUAUACCUUUGGCCCAAAAGAAGGGAAACCAAAAACCAUCGACAUCCAGCAAGGUUGCGACUCCUCCUAGAAGUCCGGAUCUUUCUGCCGUGCGCUCUUUGUUCACCCCCACACCCCCAGACAUUGUUCCUACCGUACCUAACCCACCUCCAACGGCACCGACGUUACCAAAACUUCAACCAACGGCUCCCAAAGUCCGGCACUUGCCCAAAGCACUCCCUUUACCUUCUAAGCAACCUUCUGCGUCUACCCAGCCUCCACCUAGCUUGAUAUCGCGGUCUACACCAGUUUCAAGCACCUCCAAAGGAGCACAACCCAAUAUCACCUCAAAAACCACGCCUCUUAUUUCUUCAUCUGCCAAACCGCCACUCACGGUUCCUCCUUCGACCGUUCAAUCGAGUUCUUCCAAAAUGCCUCAUUCCAUCCUCCAAGGUGCCAAGUCCUCGAGCAACAGCCCAAAUCUUGCAACCAGUGGACUAUCAACCAAAGCCCGCCUUUCCCAGGGUGCAUUACUUCCGACUGCGCCCAAAGUCCUUUCCACAUUGAGCUUCAAGAAGAAACAACAACCGACAACAACGACAACAACUUCAGCUGCUGCUUCCCCUGUAAUACCUCCGGUAGCUCGCUCAUCGGAUCCUCGAACCAGACCGGAGCCCGUUGUUCAACCAGAUGUGCCUCAAACGGACUCUUUUAUAGACACCCCAAUGCAAAUAGAUGAGGCCCCGUUUCUUCCCCCCGCACUCACCCGUAAACCUGGGGCAGACGCCGAUGCUGAAGCAUUUCUCGGGACACUCGGUUUCAAACCACCUUUGCGAGACCCACAUGUUACUGUGUCCACUAGCUCGGUACCAUCAAGACCAGACAACGAUGUACCUCCAAAACCUACAAUCCAUAAGAUCACAACCAGCUUCAAGAAAAAAUGGAGUUGGACGGGGGGUCUUUUGGCCAACGUCGGCGGCCAGACGGAGCGGUUUUGUGACGUUUAUGUGCACGACCUCAGGUCGGGAUCGGUAACGGGCCCUUCAUUCGAGAGUGCACUGGCCAAUAAAGAUUCCCUUCGUCUUGAAACUUUCCAUGAGAUCUUGGAUAUGCAUCCGUUUCUGCGGCCAGUGCCUGGGUCGUCUUUUGAGAACCCGCAAGUAGCGCGGAUGGAUUCUAAAACUAACCAAGACAGCGAAUCUUUGAAAGUUUUAGCAGAUUAUAUGGCACAGCAGAAACUCGUUAGCUUGAUUCCUGUUUGGCAGACUGGUGUUCUCAUUGGUCACAUUCUCGUUUUCAAUCCACGAUCACAGACACUCCGCUCUGCUCUUGGGGUGCCUACACACGCCGAAUACAUGAACUCGUCCCUCAUUCUGGCUCUUGUCCCGUGGGUCGACAUGAAAGACCCCCGGACACUCCUUGGACAACUUCCAGCUACAGUUCAUCCACGCGUGAAUGCAACCAGUUGGCAGAAGACUAUGCUUGCACGAAAGUAUCACGUGGCCGUUCGAAACCUCAAAUUCCCGCCGGAGUUGCUCGAUUGGUUUGGAACAGCGCGUCGCCCCGUUACGAUAUGGUCUUCGUUCCCCGAUGCGGCCAAUGAAGAUACAGACACUAGGCAACUUAUGACCACGAUGGCGUAUCACAAGGCAAGGCUUGUGAAGCCCAGACAGGAACUUAGGAUGGUCUUCGUUCAUGUUGGAGCGUUGAAAACCUUACGAAGGCUGCCUCUUCUUGCUGAUCGACGGAGGUCCUUGACAGUUCGGUUUUAUACCUACGGAACCCAUCCCUGUGUGCCUGUGGCUCAGUGGAGGGUCCGAGAAAUAUACCCCAUUGGUGGCGUGGUGACAUUCACUCCCAGUGCUCUUUACGAGGACCCUUGGGGCAUUGUGAACAAGAUUAAGCAGAUUGCAGACCAUCCAUUAUGGACGUGUUAUAUGCUUCCGUCCGUGUUGGGAAUGGCCACCAAGCUCUGCUACCUCAACGAAGAUCCCCUUGCGGCAUACGAUAGCGGCGUGUUUGUGUUCGAACGACUAUUGAAAGCAUUCGUGGCGGGGGAAAUUUCGCUCCUCACAGCACCCCCUGAUCGAGUUUUCACAUCCCAGUCCGAUAGCACUUCUGACUGGCUGAGAGACCAUUGGAUCAAUCGGCCCCUCGAUGCUCGACAAAUUCUGCAGCGCUCAUUGAAUGCAUUCCAUGCCCGAUAUGCGAAUCUACCCCAGGUCCAAUGGGCUCCGACCAUUGAGGCUGAAGUUAUAGCAGACCUUGACAUCAUGCAACGGCAGCCAAUGAUCAUGGAGACUUACCGUCGUUUUGUUGUUAUCCGAGCAGAGUCUGAUCCUCUUACUGCAUCCGAUAUUGAAGGGUUCGAAUGGCUGUCUUCUUCUGCACUCAGCUUCACCGACAAUUAA